GCCAAUCAAAUCUCUUUGUUUCUCCGCCAAACCUUUAUCUCCAACAUAUUCCUUUUCACAUUCUUUGAAUCAAAAUCAAAGCUUUAAGCUUUAAAGGCUUUUAAACCCCAAAACGACACCGUCUCUCUCAUCAUGACUCAAAAGACAAAAUCUUUCUCAAACCAUGAUAAUCAUCCCUACCUUACUUCUACUUCUUCUCAUGUCUCAAUCAUCAUACUGUUUUUUCUUUGUCACUUUCCUCUGAUUUUUUCUCUACCUCUCAAAAUGUAAAGUUCCAAUUUUUAUUUGUAUCUACCUAUGUUUUGGCCACUAUCAAAGUGGUUAUGAUUAUUAUGAUGAUGAUGAUGAAUUCCCAUUAGUAUUUUUGGUUUUCCUUUUCUGGGUUUUCAGUUUCUUCUGUUGUUAUGGCUCUUAUUGAGUCUUUUGAGAGAAUAUUAGAAUUAGAAAGACCCAUCACAAUUUUGGGAGUGUGUACAAAUUUGUUUUUACUUCUUUCUCCUAUUUGGGUUGCUUUUAUUUUAGGUUUAAUGGUUGGUUGGGCAUGGAAACCCAAAUGGGUAAGCUUUGGAAAAGAAAAUCACUUAGUCUUAACCUCAAACAAUUCUCCAUUAAAAGAGGUCUCUAUGUCCCCUUCUGAAGAUGAUGAAUUCAGUGUAUUGGAGUUAGAUGAAGGGGAUUCUAAUCUUGUAAAUGUUGAGGAUUUGGAACAUCUUUUCCAACUUGUGGAGAUGAAAGAUGGAGGCCCUACUUGGAUACCGAUGAUGGAUCGUUCUAACCCAACGAUGAGCUACAAAGCAUGGAGAAGAGAUCCCAAAACUGGUCCUCCCCAAUAUCGUAGUAGCACUGUGUUUGAGAAUGCCACACCUGAAAUAGUAAGGGACUUUUUCUGGGAUGAUGAAUUUCGAUCGAAAUGGGAUGAUAUGCUUGCAUAUUACAAAACUUUAAAAGAGUGUCCAACCACAGGAACCAUGCUUGUUCAUUGGAUAAGAAAGUUUCCUUUCUUCUGUAAAGACAGAGAAUACAUAAUUGGUCGUCGUAUAUGGGAAAUAGGAAGGUCAUACUACUGCAUAACAAAGGGUGUUACCUGUUCUUCCAUCCCAAGGCGUGACAAACCAAGACGAGUUGAUCUGUAUUACUCGAGUUGGUGUAUCCGAGCAGCUGUUGCUAGUGUAUCUGCUAACCUUAAUUCGGUACCGGUCCUUAAUGGUAAUAACUUUAAGGACUGGAAGGAGAACAUUUUUAUUGUUCUUGGCUGCAUGGAUCUUGACCUUGCAUUAAGGAUGGAUCGUCCUGCUUCUCUUACGGAUAACAGUACCUCCGAGCAAAGGAGGAUUUAUGAGAAGUGGGACCGUUCAAACCGCAUGAGUCUUAUGAUCAUUAAGCGCGGCAUACCUGAGGCUUUUAGGGGUGCGGUGUCCGAGGAGGUCACCGAUGCCACAACUUUCCUUGCUGAAAUUGAGAAACGCUUGCAAAAAGCGAUAAGGCGGAAACAAGUACUCUUUUAAAGAAACUUAUUUCCAUGAAGUUUAAGGGCAAGGAAAACAUAAGUGGAGUACAUUAUGGAAAUGUCUCACCUUGCUUCAAAGUUGAAGGCACUAAAGCUUGAGCUUUCGGAUGACUUGCUUGUGCAUUUAGUGCUUAUCUCUCUUCCUCCACAAUUCAGUCAAUUCAAGGUCAGUUACAACUGUCAAAGGGAGAAAUGGACUCUUAAUGAGCUCAUUUCAUUUUGUGUUCAAGAGGAAGAAAGAUUGAAGCAAGAGAAGACUGAAAGUGCUCAUUUGGCAAGCACCUCUAAAGAUAAGGGCAAGAAAAGAAAGAAUGAGGCUGCUAAGGAUAAAGGUCCUGCACAUAAGAAACAAACUCAAACCAACAGUGAUGAUGGUUGUUUCUUUUGCAACAUGAAAGGACACAUGAAGAAGGAAUGUGCUAAGUAUAUUGCAUGGCGAGCAAAGAAAG